CGUUCAGCAGUCGCUGUUUGGGACGCAGAGUGUGUGGUUGCUAGGUCUCCGCACCGGGUUCGCUGUCACAGUCUGUCCCUUCCCGAAGGCUGGGACAGACUGGGCGCGCGCCCGCGUGUGUCUGUGUGUGUGUGUGUGUAUGUGUGUGUGUGUGUGGUGAGUGUGAGGGGGACUCAGGGCAGAGACGUCCCCUCGCUGCUUUUUUUCCCCGCCUUUUAUCCAAAAGAGGGGGGCAGUUCAGUUCGCACGCUUGCCUUACUGUCGCCCCGUUGGGAGCGGGGUUUGUGUGCGGACUGGUUCGUCUUUUUUUCCUUUUAAACUUGUGAGCUUUUUUUCCCCCUUCUUUUUUUGGACUCAGUGCCGUCUGGGCUGGUUUCCUUGAUCCCUGACUAACCGCUUUCUGCCCGUUCUCUUCGCCACCCCCGCCCAGAGUCUCCCCUGCGCCCUCGCCCUUGCCCGGGAGGGUGGGAGCCUUUGUCCCACUCCCUGCCCACCCGCGUCUUCGCAUCCGUAGCCGCACCUGCCUCAAUAUGAAUGGGGUCAACGACCCACCUCUUUUUAUAAAAGAUAUUAAGCCCGGACUGAAAAACUUAAAUGUCGUCUUUAUUGUCCUGGAGAUAGGACGCGUGACCAAAACCAAAGACGGCCAUGAAGUGAGAUCAUGCAAAGUAGCAGAUAAAACGGGCAGCAUCACUAUUUCCGUGUGGGAUGAAAUCGGAGGUCUUAUACAGCCAGGGGAUAUUAUUCGGUUGACCAGAGGGUACGCAUCCAUGUGGAAAGGGUGUUUGACACUGUAUACUGGAAGGGGUGGAGAACUUCAAAAAAUUGGGGAAUUUUGUAUGGUUUAUUCAGAAGUGCCAAAUUUCAGUGAACCCAACCCAGAUUAUCGAGGACAACAGAGCAGAGGGGCACACAAUGAACAGAAGAAUAAUUCCAUGAAUAAUAAUAUGGGUACAGGUACAUUUGGACCAGUGGGAAACGGGGUUCAAACUGGCCCAGAAUCAAGGGGAUGCCAGUUUUCGUAUGCUGGUAGAAGCAAUGGCCGGGGACCUACAAAUCCACAGCUACAAGGAACAGCUAAUAAUCAAACAGUCAUGACCACAAUAAGUAAUGGCAGGGACCCUCGGAGAGCCUUUAAAAGAUGACCUAUGCCAAAUACUCACAUGUAGUUCUUAAACUACGUGCCCUACUUGAACACUUACUGCACUUUUAUUUAUCAUUAACUGUGAAAACUAUGUCCUUUAUCGGUUUCCUUUUUAUGAUUUGGGUUUGUUAACAAGAGUGGUUUGUUUUUAUAGCAAAACUGUUAAGCUGCUCAAGUCUCCUGUUGAAGAAUUUGAAGAAUGGGAACACUCUGAAAAGUAGGGGCAUUUAUUUUUAGAGCAAAAAAUUCUACAGUUAUCCUCUAAAAUACAUGCACCCAUUUCAUGGGUGAGUUACUUAAGACAUCAGCAUUAUAGCCUCUAUGAGUCUAUCUUCCGUAUACAUUUUGUAAUAUUUAAAAUAAGGCUUAGUGGGAGAUGUUCUUUUGUCUUAAAUUCAGGUAUUGCCAACUAAAGCAAUAGCCACCAAAAAACCCCCACAAAAACUCAGUCAAUGAUUACAGCAGGUUUUGAGUGUUUGUGACUCCAGGAAUGAUUGACUUCUUCAUUGAGUGACUGCCAUUAAGAUUUUCCAAGGACUGAAUCAUUCUAAACUCUUGUUUUAUUACCAAAAGAGCAUAUUCUUUAUUAGAAUUACGGAAUAGAAUGGGAACUGUAUUAUAACAAGUAAUUUUUAUAAGAAAGCUGCAUUUAUUUUAGGGUAGUCCUAUUAAUAUUUGUUGUCAACUUUGUGCAUUUACACUGAAGGGAAAUUUAAAACUGAGACCUUGAAUAUUUAUUUUUUGAAACUACCAUGUCAAAUAUUAAAGUAUAAUUUGAGGGAGUUAAAAAGUCAUAAUAAACAUUGAUCUAAUUAUUUAAAAAAAUUGUGGUACAUAAAGAUGAAGGCAAUUCAAAUUGAAUUCAUGUAGAAAUAUGCAGUCUUAAGUUAGAGUGUCCUAGGUACUUGUAGAAACUCAUCCUGGAGUGAAAAUCCUAGGUACUUAGCUUAUUUGAAGAGUGUGUAUAUGUGAGUAUUGUCAGAGUUUCUGAACACAAUUCACAAAGCCUUAUCAGCAGAAGUUAAAUGGCUCUCUCUAAGAAGUGAAUACAGCUUUAUUCAGAAAUGUAAAGGUAGAAUUUAUUUGUGUUAUAAAUGGUCCCCAGUUCCACUUUUUACUAUAGAGUGGAUAACUGGUAAAUUUUUCCUUUGUUAGAAUUCAGUUCUUCAAUAUUAUCUCAAAUAAAACUUGCAUUAAUAUUAACGGACCUCCCUUAUUUUUGCUCUUUCAAUGCUUUACAGUGGAGAGCCAGUAAAUUUUACUGUAGUUGUAAUGAUUACUUCAACCCGGCGACUGCUUAGCUCUAUAUUUGUCGCUUCUUGUCCCUACCUUAAAUCACAAAAUAAUUUAAGUAGACUCUGUUUUCUAAAAACUCCAAAGCCUUUGAAUACGAAGGUUGGUGCCAGAAUAUUCAUUUGCUUCAAUUCAGUGUAUCUAACAAAUUUCCGUGAUACACUGUAUAUUAGACAUAGUAGAGAGUUAAGGGGUAGGUGAUGAGUAAUCUCAAGGAGCUUAUUCAUGGUUCAUAGUACUUUGGUAACUGGGGUUUAUAUAUUCUAGAAAGACGUUUCUCUUUUAUUCUUAACUCAUGAUUAUAGUGGAUUAGGCUUUGUGACUAGUAUUUUUUUAAGAUACAAAAUUACAGAUGUUUGGAGUAAAAAAAAUUACUAAAAAUUAGCAUAUAAAUUUUUAUUUAAAUCUAAGUAGAGGUAGGAGCAAUAAUACUGUUAUUUGUGGGAGAAUAUGGUGUUAAAGAUGAUUUUAAAAGAAAGAAUUUUGGAGUUUCAGAAAAGUAAACUAUCAGGUAGGGAUAGCUGAGCUUCCAGUCCUGACCCAUUAUCUCCUCACCUGUGAUGUUGGAUAAAUUAUUACGCAUAAAACCUCUAUAAGCCUUAAGUUCCACAACUAUAAAAACAAGUAAGUAAUAUCCCUUUAGAGAAUUACUGAAGAUUUUCCAUGUAAGUGAUUAGGAUGAUUUCUGGCACAUAAUAGGCAGUCAAAUGUUUGUCGUCUAAUCAUACCUCAAGAAUAGAAAAAAAUGCAGCGUUAGGUGUGGAAAUACUGUUACCCUUUAACAUAUUGAGAUUAAAUAGAGAACGAUCUAAGCUAUUACUUUUGUAAUUGACAUUUGCCUCAAUAAUUUAAUCUUGUUGUUCUGUGUUAUCAUUUAUUAACAAAUCUCUUUUUUCUUAAGGGAAGCCUCCAAAACCAAAGCAAAGUGAAUUACAGUUCAUAAUGAAUAUUUGCCCUACCAGUCUGCUUGGACAGUACUCAUCAAGAAGAGGAAGAAAGUUUUCUACCUUCCUCUUUCCUGGUGCUUUCACCUGUGAAUUUUUAAAUGUCUAAACACCUACCAAAAACAAAAACCAUUUAGUAUAGAAAUACAUGCCUACUAGAAUUGGGUCCCAUUUCAUUUCUCCAAAACAGUUCUGAAGUGGUUUGAAGUCUCAUCAGCCAGAUUUUUGGGUAGUGGCUACAAGACAGAGAUGGGAAGAUGAACCUCAUAAGGCCAGAGGAUGAUGUGUAAUAGUGAAGGGUUGCACUGUGCUUUCCCAAAGGCACUUAUACAGGUUUUCCUAUAUAUACCACCUCUUUUUUGCUUUGUUCCUGUAUUUUUUUUUUUUUUUUAGUAAUCUGCUUUAACUUUGAGGACAGUUUAACUUGAUGCCCUGAAUAUUUGUAGUACUGAAUCCUUGUCACUUGUAUUUUUAUUAUUUAACAUUUUAAAAGAAUGUUUCAUUUGCUGGGUUGAGUAAUAAUGCCAAAGGGAUGAUGCUGAGAACAAAUAGAUGUGAGGUUAGUAAAAAAAAAAAAAAAAAAAACGUAAUUAUGAGAACGUGUAAAGGAGGAAGCUGGUUACCUGGCCCUACAAAGUGUUCUCAGAGGUCCACACUGGCUGUGUUCUACAUCAGUCCGAAGACACAAUGGCAAUUUUAAGUUUACAUAGAUCUGGCAUUCCAGUUACUGAAAUGACUUCCCUUUUCUGUUAUGAAAGUAAUUACUGUUUGCUCCAAGCAACUUUAGGCUCCCGUGACUCUUAAGAUCCUUUUCUUUCAUGUAUUUGGAAAGGUUCUCCAGACAACAAACCUUGGAAACCAUGGGAAAGCAGUAUCAACAUGGAGUGCUUCCCCAGCGUCAGUCUGUUUUGCCUCUGGGCUGCUUCUGGGGAUUACUUGGCCUAUGAUGGCUUUUAUAAAAAUCUGUUUUGCCUUUUCUUUGUUUAAUUUCCCAUCUGAUGAGAGUUUUCACAUUUCUGGUAGAAAAGGGGGUUGGUUAUAUGAGGGGUAAAGGCAGAUGUACUUGGCUGUGGUGUAAACCAGGCUUCAGCCAAUGAUUAAAUGUUAGGGUAAUGCAACACUCCCACAUUUCAUGAAGUCGUUGUAAUGAUUAACAGUUAAGGUAUGCUUCUGAGGAAAUCUAAUUGUGACCUUUGGAAAAUAGCACUGUUGUGAAUGGUAUGUUGUUAGGUCCUGAGAGAGAAGCUUAGGAAAACAUUUUACUUUCCAGGCAUAUUCAGCUUUUCUCCCAAUUCCUUUGCUUUAUUAGGGAUAUACCAGACUUUGUGUCCAAAUACUCUAACCACAUCACUCCAGGUUUCUGGACUAAAAGGGUCUAAUGAUGUUUCUCAAAGCACAGAUCACAAACUAAGAAACAGACUAGAGAAAACCAAGUCCACAGGCUGUCCCUAAUAAGCCAUCUACUUAGCACUUUUCUCAUUAAGAACAUUAGACCCAAAGAUGUUCCUAAGGGCUCUACCACUAUGAGAUAAUUAGUGUGAUGCAGCAGAAUGAACAUUUUAACAAGUUUGACUGGUAGUAGACAUUUAAACCUUUUGAAAGGCCUUGGUAAGUAACCUACAACUAGUGUGGCUCCCCAAGUUUUAGGACCAUGUCAAUCCAAGGCUGCAAUAGACCCCAGGAGUCUUGAGAGGCCACUUUCACACCACAGUCCUCACCAUGACAUGUUCUUACAACCUCCACUGAAGCACUUGCAUGUUUUCAGAAAUAAGUUUUUUUUUUUUAGUAUUUCCAACCAGAAGUCAAAUUUUCUAUUUUUCUCCAUCAAAAUCUUGAAUGAAGCAUUAGUUCAGUUUCUUAUCCAGAUACUGAAUGUAUGUUGAGUGAAACUGACACAGUGGUAUAUUUAUAAGCCACUGAUAGGAGAUGUCCCCCAGGAACUUGUUAGAAAUAUAAGUUGCUUCUCUAUCAGAAGGAGGAUUUAUAGGUGUAGGUCUGGUAGAGCUACACUUGAAAUAAUGGCCUUGAAGAUUUUUGUGUCCUGCCCUUGAUAUCUCUCCCAACACAGAAAUAACUGUUUUGGAGGGCAUAUAGUUUCUUUUAUCUUGGUGAGGCUUGAAUAUGCCAAGUUUCUGGUUUGCAAAACAUGGAAAAAUAGGUAGAAGCAUAUGCCUCCAAAGGGCAGAAUUGAGUAAAGCAGGGUAAUCUCAAGUGAGUAUGGCCUCUGGAUGUGAGCUCUGUUGUGUUUUGAAUUAAGUUCAAAUAGAAUUAUUCAAA